CUCUCUCUCUCUCUUUGAAUACCAUUAUUUAUUACUAUUGAAAUUAUUAUUAUCCUUUGUGUUCUCGUGUUUGAUCAUGACUCAUUAUCAUCGAACAAAAGAGGCGCCUAUGGAAUUCGAAUAUGAAUAUACUCCUUUACUUUCAUAUAAUGCAUUCCUCAGAGAAACCAAGGAUUCACCUUCACCUUCCAAGGAAGCUUUUACUCCUCCUGGUCCAGCAACGAUAGAGCAAGACCGACAUGAUCUUUUUGUACCCAAGAGCUAUUUCAGUACACCUGUUCAAACAAACUUGGAUCAUACAAUGUCAACACAGCUAGGUGGAAUUUCUUUAGGCGAUGAUUCUUUUUUAUCCAAUCCACCAACACCAAACAACUCUCAAGAACAUGAUCGUCAAAUAAAACAAGAAGACAGCAAUGAAGACGAUAAAACCAAGGCACUUGUUCCUUUCCAUGCGUCACCUACUUUACCAUCAUCAGAUAAAAACAAGAUCGGAAGCGAUGUUGAUGCGAAUAGUACUUCAACACCAAUAGCAGAACGGCAUACAUCAUAUUCACCAACGACUCCGGAUACAAUAGAUCAAACAAUGUAUCCUGAUCAUCCAUCACAAGAUCAACAGCAUUCUUAUCAUCACCCUCAUUUAUACCCUACUACGACAUAUUAUCAUCAUGAUCCUAUAGCGCAUCGAAAGAGUCUUGUGUAUUACUUUGCAGGAUUGAUUCGGAUUGGUUGUCAACUUGCACUGUUCUCGGUGCUUUUGUAUAUUGGAUUCCAGUUUGUGCUUGCUUUGAAUGAAGACGUAGCUUUAAAGAUACAAGUCUAUGAAUCAGAGUUUAUGGAAAAACAUUUUAUUUGUGAACAAGAAUAUCAUCGGAAUCAAUGUCAAAAUAAUGUUCGUCCUGCAAUGGUGGAGCCUUGUCGUCAAUGGUUACAAUGUUUAUAUACACCAGCUUGGAUUGGGAAAACAAAAGUGUUAGCUGAAACAUUUGCGGAGAUUGCCAAUGGAUUUGUAGAUACCAUCUCUUUAAAAACCAUGAUCUUCGGAAUGACAGUCAUCAUCAGUACAUUAUGGUUCACUUCAAGUCAAAAUAAACCUCAUACAGCACCCCCUGCACCAUAUCCGCCAUCAUUCAUUACCACCACUUCUCCAUCUUAUUAUCCACCUUCUACCGUUGAUUAGUUUGUUAUUUGAUUAGAUUGAUUAUAUGAAUAAAGUUUCCUGGACGAAAUGAUGUCAUAUUGUACUAUUA